CACAAUAAAGACAAUGAUCUCCCAAACACACACACACUCCCUCACAGAUCCUUCCAUCAAUUUCAGCGUUGCGACGUGCACCCAGCUUUAAUGGUCGCUAUAAAAUAGAAGCGUCAAAUAAUCAUAAAAACUCCUCCUCACUGACGAGCAUCACUGUAAAAUAGGACAGGUGGAGAUUUAAGGAAAGAAGAUGAACAGAGUUACUAAGAUCCAAACAAACCCAUCAACUACUGGGAUAGACAUGUCUCCUUGCUUUAAGGUGACCGUGUUCGAGCAGGAGCAUUUCCAAGGCAAAUGUCAGGAGCUCACCUCAGAGUGCCGCAACAUCCAGGAGCGUGGGUUUGACAACAUCCGCUCUAUCCGUGUAGAGAGCGGCGCCUGGUUGGGAUACGAGCACCAUGACUUCCAGGGGCAGCAGUUUGUCCUGGAAAAAGGAGAAUAUCCUCACUGGGACGCCUAUAGCGGCAGUCUGGGCUACCAUGUGGAGAGGAUGAUGUCAGUGCGCCCCAUCUGCAGCGCUGACCACCAGAGCAGUCGCAUGGUCAUCUAUGAGAAGGAGAACUUCCUGGGCCGCAACGUAGAGCUGUGUGACGAUUACCCAUCUCUUCAGGCCAUGGGCUGGUGUGACAAGCAAGUGGGCUCCAUGCAUGUGCAGUGUGGCGCCUUUGUGUGUUACGAGUACCCUGGCUAUCGAGGACAGCAGUACGUUAUGGAGUCUGACAGGCACAGCGGAGACUACCAGCACUGGAGGGACUGGGGCUCCCACUGCCAGACCCCUCAGAUCCAGUCCAUCCGCAGAAUCCAGCAGUAAUGCCUGAGGCGAAUAGAAGGAAAUGGAAAGCGCGCAGAGUUUGGAAGCGGAGGAGUCACACCAGUCAUUCUAGAAGCAGUCACUUUAUGUGGUGCAGUGUGGCAAAUUAUAAGACCUUCACUGAUUGAACACAGUUUCCACUUAUGGUACUCUAGUACUAGACAAAUAAAAUAAAAAAAUCCUUGCAUGUCAGAUACACAUCAGUUCUCGUUCAAGAAAAUGCACUAGCUCACAUUCAAAAACGCAUAUGCAUCCCCACAUGUGAUCCAAGGUAAAGUAGUAGCAUGUAUGAACAAUAUUCAUAAGAGACAACAGAAGCACAGUGGGGGACACCGGAGAGUAAAAAUCUGUCAAUAAAGGCAAGAUGUGUAUCUGUAUAUGCAAACAUGUCACGUCUCUGUGACGUUUGAGUGCCAUAUGGGGACAGAUGGGAGUGUGUGUUAGAGCAUUCUGAGGAGAGGAGGACAACGGUUGACUAAUAAAUACAUACUCACCUCAA